AUGGCACCGAAUCUUGCUAAAUCCACGCUUGAGCUUAUCCAUGACAUGAUCAGCAGUGGUGAAGUAACUACCUCCCAGAUAGCUCAAGCUGCUGGCUGCAGCAAACGCGCAAUCCUCAGGAUCCAGUCGAAUCUGCGGGUUUUCGGUCCCAUGAAAGCUCCUCCCCGGCCGCGAAGCAUCACACCGGUCAUGUUAGAGGCCUUGGGCGACCAUCUGUCUGAGAAACCGGACUCCUACCUUUCUGAGAUGGAACUGUUCUUGCUAGAUGAAUUCGACGUAUCCAUUCCCAAAUCCAUGAUUAGCGACGCCCUGCAUCGACAAGGGUGGUCAAAGUAG